AUGGUUAGUAAGGUUAUAUUAAUGACAUUUAUUUGUUUCACUAUUAAUUCAAUCGUAAUUGGUCAUUUUAUUCAACAAAAUGAUAUCGAUGAUAUCUUCGUGUCUGGAAUCAAAUUUGAUUUAAAUGAUCCAAAACUUAAUGAUAAUGUAACAUAUUAUUCGUAUCAUAUUCAUGUAUAUUUUUUACGAACAAGUUUUAAAGAAAGAAAUGAAGCUAUUCAAUUACGAAAUCGAUUUCUUAAUAAAUUUAAUGUUAGCAGUUGUAAUGAUCAUUGUGAAACAUGGUGUCCUCGAAUUUGUCAUUGGACUUUAAAUAUGUCACCUGUCGGACCACAUCCUAUUGGUUCAUGGGGUGUCUAUAUACCACUUGAGCAAUUCACUCAAACGAUUUCAUUUAUAUCAAUGUAUCAUGGUUCUCUAACUGUUUUGAUACAUCCAAAUUCAGGUCGUCCAAAAAUUGAUCAUCUUAUCAAUGGUCUUUGGAUCAAAUCUAUCUUACCACUUAAUCAGAAACAAUUGAGCGACAAUGCACCACUACCAUCUCAUCGAAUAAUAAAUUAA